UUAAUUUAAAAAAAAAAACGCUUUCUGGGAACAUAAUAAACUACCAAGAGAAUAGCAUCACAUACAUUCGUCUCUCUCUCUCUCUCUGCCUAAACAAUACAAAGCACCACCAUCUUCAUGGCGAAGCCACCGACGUUCCGACAAAGCCGCCGGAGCCAGACAGCCUCGGCAUCAAUGGGACACGUGUCUGAAGACGGUUUCACGUCCGAUAACGAUGGGUCCAAUGUUCCAAAAAGCUCCGACGAGGUGACACAGAGUUCUAUGGAAUCCAGAACCGAGUCGAGUCAGGGUUCUGACACACAGUUCUAUGGAAUCACAGCUAGUAUCAGAUUAUUGUCGGAUUCGCUGCUGAGAAUGGAGGUGGCAGAGAUGGAGAUGGCGAAGGCACGAGAGGCUGCGAGAAGGGAAGCGGAGAAGAGGAGGUUAGAAAUGGAGACCGAGUUGACUCGGAUGGUUAUGCAGACUCACUUGAAGGCUGUGCCUUUCGGCGGCGUUGGGAGUAAGAGAAAGAGAUCAUCGUCAUCAUCAUCGGUCCAAGAACAGGAGGCCUCGACCUCGACCUCCACCAGGGACUUGAGUUUGAGUUUGAGUUUACUCUUCUUCAGCCUUCUCCAACUUAACCUGAUAUUCUGGAAUUCACAAGCCUAAAGCUUAAACGAAGAAGAAGAAGAAGAAGAAGCCUACUCUGAAACUGUUAACAGUAGUUAUCUUAUCAUUGUGUUCAAAUCUGUAUAUCAAUUUGUGGGGAAAGUGUUGUUCAAUCUUUCCUUGAAUCCUAAGCAAAGAUGCAAGUUA